AUGAAGUUCUUCGUUGUUCUCGUGAUUUUGUCGGCUGAAAUAAAUGGUAGGAAGUUCUUAAGUGAAUUGAAUUGAUGAAAUUUGAUGCCACAGAGACAAACAAUGUUCAUCAGUUUUAAAUAGAGGAUGAACUAUAAAAGUUUUAGGUGUGGUAUCUUAACUCAUGUUCAAGGAUAUAAUCACCCUUAGCUCUGUUGUUUGAGAUUGUCUAAUCCUCGGCAAAUUGUUUAAUUUCGUAAUGUUGAAGGCAUACAGAGGAUUUCAAAACUAAGCUCGAAUUUACUUACUAUUAGUUUGUAAGAUAUUAAUUGUAUUCAAGUUACGGUUUGAACUAGUUUAUAAGAGUCUAAAAUUUUAAUCUGACGUGGUAAAUUUAGCAAGCUUUAUAGGAAUAUAAAUUACGUUUCAUGUAUCAAUUUAUCUUCUUUUUUAUAUAAUCCAUAUUGUUAAGUUCGCCAAUUCUAUUACCUGUAAACAUGUGUACUACUGAAGCUAUUAUUAUGAUAGGAAUUUGACGCAGGAAUUUGAAUCAACUGAAACGUGCUCUGAAAGGCUCUGAUACGUAAAAUUUACGUCAAAAAAAAAAAGUUAACAGAUUACUUUUGACUGCAAGUAACCUUUGAGUGAUAUCUCACUCUCUUUGACAGGUUUGUGUUACGACCACUGGCCAAACUGCAAAGACUACAUGAACAGACCAGGCAAUCUGUGUGAAACAAAUAGCUUCGUAAAAUACAAAUGUAAGAAGAGUUGCGGUUCGUGCGGAGGUAAGAGGAAAUAUCAGCUUUUAAUCACUCUCUUUUGACAUUCCUGCCAGUAAUGGCAUCCAACUCUAUCGUUUCCUACAUUUUGCGAGGAGUUCGCGCUGAAAAAGAGUUCAUCGAGAAUCGUAAGCAAGAGCCGCUGAGAUGGGUCUGGGAACAUCACGCCGCAGGAGCCGCUAAGAUGGGUCCGGGAACAUCACACCCCUUGCAUUUAUAUAGCUCAGAUGUAGAGCACUAGAGCGAGAGAUCCGAAAGUUGGCAGGUCUAUUCCUUGAAUAGGACUCAAAGUAGCAUCUUCCGCGAUUCUGUUGUAUGUCUAUCAGCGUUUCUGUAAUCUUAAACACUGUUUGAUUAAACAUGCCUUUCACUGAUCUUUUUUCUCUGAUCGUUAGGUCCCAGGCCUCCUGUGACACAAAGGCCACCUGAGCCUCCAAAGCCAUCAAGACCACCCGCACCUCCCCCUUCCCCAGGUGAGUGGAGUUCAUAUCAAGGCCUCUCUGAAGAAGCUUAUCUGUGCUUGUCUUGCUUGAAAAACUGAAUAUAGACAGAAUUACCAGUAACUAUACUAAUCGAUGGCGCGAAUUAUAUGAUCAAAAAUCGUCUUAGGGAAAUUAAUUGGAGAACGUUAUUGCGUAUUAGUAUACUUACAGGUCCUUACACAAAGGUGAUUAAAGAGAUAUAUGCGACCUGAUUGGUCGAUUAUGUCAAGUCUUACGUUAACCCAGCCAUGGCUAAGAUUGUUACAAAGCAGCGUUUGUUAAAGACAACCGCAGCGGACGUAAGUCGAUCCCUGAUAGGCUCUCUGACAAUCACCUGACUAAUAAUUACAGUCUGUUUAGACUUAGUGCCUCUUCUUGAAUAAUCACCGAGAAGUUGAGUGAUUAUCUUUGAGAUGGUUCACAAAUAUUCAUUUCUCCUCCCCUGAAUACUGAUCUUAAAAUAAUCUUUCGACGUUCAGGUUCAUGCGGCAUGAAACCAGAGUCACGAAUUGUUGGUGGUACCCAGGCCCGUGCGGGCGACUGGCCAUGGCAAGCAAUGCUCAAAUAUCGUCCAUCAUAUAACAAAGGAGCAAGUUUUUGUGGAGGAACCUUGAUAGCUCCACAAUGGGUUCUUACCGCCGCACACUGUGUAAAAAGGAAGAGAGCUGUGGAUCUCAGGAUCAGGUAAUCUGAAUCUUCUCAGUCAUUAUCCAAGAUAGAUGGCCCUAUAAUUUAGAACAAGAAGUCUGAGAGAUUACGAUAGACUGAUUCUUUCAAUUUGUUUUUUGAUCUAAAGCUGAACACCCAUUUUCCCCCCUUGCUCAUUAUAGGCUCAGGCUGCUUAGGCUAGAUCUGGUCAAGGACCUGAUAUAGUAUCUCUAUUCUCAACGUAAAAAGAGAAUGAAGAUUUCCGUUCCUCCUACUGUUUAACUUUAUUUAUUCACACGCCAAGAAAUAAACCAAGUUCCCAAUUGUUUAACCUAACAGAAUGGGAGCUCAUAACAAAAAGGGCAAUGAUGCAACAGCUCAAGACAUUGAGAUUGAAAGGAUUAUAAUGCAUCGCUUGUACAAGAAACCAUUCGGUAUGAGUCAUGAUAUCGCGUUAGUGAAGCUUAGCAGACCGGCGGAGAUCAACAGGGCUGUGAGACUCGCUUGUCUACCAGACGCAUCAGUUGAUCUACCAAUUGAUGACGGUAGCAAGACAUGCUGGAUCACAGGUAUUUCACUAUAAACAUUUUGGGGUCAAAUUUGUGGGAAUUUUUAUUCACAGCAACACCUGUCGGAAACUUUGGAACAAUUCCAUUUUAGUGCGCAAUCUUUAUCAUUUUAGUAAGGGAAAUGCUGUUUUUCAUAUAUUCUUUCAGUUACAUGCUAUUUAACUUUUAUCAACCACAGGCUGGGGUUCCCUGUCUUCUGGAGGACCUAGUGCCAGUCAACUCAUGCAAGCUGAAGUACCACUAGUUUCCAAAGAGCGCUGUGUCAAAAGUUAUCCAAGGCAGAUCCACGACUCCAUGCUGUGCGCAGGUCAUGAUGAAGGUGGGAUAGACACGUGCCAAGGUGACAGUGGAGGUCCACUGGUAUGCAAAUAUGGCGGUAAAUGGCACUUGGAGGGUGCCACAAGCUGGGGGCACAAAUGCGCACAGCCAGGGUACUUUGGUGUGUACGCCAAUAUAAGAUACCUAUUAGAUUGGGUCUAUGACACAAUGGCUUCGUAUUGAUUAAAUCUUUACUUUGAUGACAUUGAAACAAGGUUUUAAGUAGAGCAAUAGAUAAAUAAAUCUGGAU